AUGCUGUGGAGCAUUGUGGGCAUUUACUUGGCAGCUUGGCCGCUGCUGAAGCUGCAGCAGCUAUUGAAAUUCCAAGCAGCACUUUCGCAGAUCAUCAACGGACUGCAGCCGCGACAGCUGGCCAUAUUGGCCUCGUCCAGUUCUGGAGUGCUGAGCGCGGACUGUGCCAACGACGAGGCGCUGCAAGUGGAUGAGUUUAUACAGCGACUGCAUAGACUCUACUACAAGUCGGUCAUCUUUUAUAACAAGACGCUGUUCUUCGAGUAUAUCGAAGCCAAUCUGCUGGGCGCCAUUGAGUGCGUCAAUUUAAUAUUCCAGCAGCCGGACGAGCUGCUGGAGGACAUACUGCAGCGGCGUCUGGCGCAUCGACUCAGUCUGUUUAUCUUCUACUGGGGCGCCAGACAGCCGCCCAAUGCAACGCUGCUCAGCUUCGAGGAGCCGCUGCGAGCGGUGGUUAUCACGCGACCCAGACGCAAAGCCUUUCGUAUCUACUACAAUCAGGCGGUGCCCACAGGCACUGGCGAGCUGCGCCUGGUCAACUGGUACGAUGGCGACAAUCUCGGGCUGCAGCGUACGCCGCUGCUGCCAAGCGCGGCCAGCGUCUACGCCAACUUUGAGCAGCGCGUUUUUAAAGUGCCAGUGUUUCAUUCGCCGCCAUGGCUGUUUGUUAACUACAACAACAACAACAAUAGCUACAGCAACAGCAGCGAUGAAAGCGAUGACGACUACGACAGCUUGAAGCUAGCGAAUGUCACUGGCGGCCGCGAUCAUUGCCUGCUCAAGUUGCUAUCGAAGCAUAUGAACUUUCAGUAUAAAUAUUACGAAGCACAGGGACGCACGCAAGGCUCGCUGCGUGCGCCGGAUGAGAAUGGCGGCAACAAUGACAGCUUUACCGGUGGCAUUGGCAUGUUGCAAAGCGGCCUAGCGGACUUCUUUUUGGGCGACGUUGGUCUUAGCUGGGAGCGUCGCAAGGCCAUUGAGUUCUCCUUUUUUACGCUGGCCGACUCGGGCGCCUUUGCCACACACGCGCCGCGUCGCCUCAACGAAGCGUUGGCCAUUAUGCGUCCUUUCAAGGCGGACAUUUGGCCAUAUCUUAUACUCACUAUUGUAUUCUCUGGACCCAUUUUCUAUAUCAUCAUUGCGCUGCCCUACAAGUGGCGUCGCCGGCAGCUGCCAACCGAUGUGGAGCGUCUGGGCGGCGUUUGCAUCUACAUGACCUACAUUAAGGAGAUUACUCCAUGUGUGCUCAAGCUGCGACACGUGCGGCGCAACAGACGCAGCUCGCCUCAAAUGCCGCCGCAGCUCUUCGAGCGUUGCAUUUGGUUUACUCUGCGUUUGUUUCUCAAGCAAUCCUGUCAUGAGCUCAACAAUGGCUAUCGUGCCAAGUUUCUAACAAUUGUCUAUUGGAUAGCAGCCACCUAUGUGCUGGCGGAUGUGUACUCCGCCCAGCUGACCUCGCAGUUUGCGCGUCCGGCGCAUGAGGCGCCCAUUAAUACGCUGCAGCGUUUGCAGCUGGCCAUGCAGCGCGACGGCUAUCGCUUGUAUGUGGAGAAGGAGAGCAGCUCGCUGGAGAUGCUGGAGAAUGGCACUGAGCUGUUUAGACAGCUCUAUGCGCUUAUGCGUAGACAGCAGCCGGACAAUCCUACAGCUUAUUUGAUUAAUUCAGUGGAGCAGGGCAUUAAGCUCAUAGCGGAUGGCAGCGAGAAUAAAGCGGUGCUGGGUGGGCGUGAGACGCUCUACUUUAAUAUACAACGCAAUGGCGCCAAGCACUUUCAGCUUAGCCAGAAACUCUAUACGCGCUACUCCGCCGUAGCAGUGCAGAUUGGCUGCCCUUUCCUAGACAGCCUCAAUGAAGUUUUAAUGCAUUUGUUUGAGGGCGGCAUACUGGACAAAAUGACUACAGCGGAGUAUGAAGCGCAAUCGCAUAAGCUAACCAAGGAUCAGGCGCAGCAAUCCAAGGAGCUGGCUGCUGCUGAGAAUGCCAAUGCUAAUGCCAAUGGCAAAAGCACCGAGACCGCCAAUCAGCCGCAGCAUGCGCAGGACAACGAAAUGAUCAGCGCUCUUAACAUACGCAUGCUCCAAGGCGCCUUCAUUGCUCUCGCCGUUGGCUCCUUUAGCGCAGCGCUCAUACUUGCUUUGGAGCUGUUCUAUCAAAGUCUUAAUCUUAUUGUUGUGCUGCGACGCUGGCGCCAGCGCUGGCAGCGACGUGGGCGUCGCAUUAAUCGCGCUCUACGUCAGUUGACCGUGCGAAUCUUUGCACUGAAUUUGGGUUGA